AUGGAGCUGGACUGGACGCCGUGCUCGGACUGGGAAUCGGCGCAGAGGAAGGCUCCUGCCCUGGAGCUGGAGGUUCUGGACCAUGGACCGUUGCCGGAGGUUCCAGACCGUGGACCGUCGCAAGAGGUUCCGGGAAAUUCUCGGGUGCCCCCAGGCAGAGGGAGCUGCCCCCUGACAGGACCUCUGCCCUUUGACCUCAUCUACACAGACUACCACGGCAUGCAGCAGAUGAAGCAGCACAUGGGACUCUCGCUCAAGAGACAACAAGUAAUGAAAUGCAUGAAGAGAAUUGAGGCUCUUGUCCUCGGAUGCCCGAUGGGGUGCCACAUCCGUGUGAUUGACACCUUCGGGACAGAGCCGGCCUACAACCAUGAGGACUACGCCACCCUGCACGGCUACAGAACCAACUGGGGAUACUGGAACCUCAACUCCAGACAGUACAUGACCAUGUUCCCCCACACUCCAGACAACUCGUUCAUGGGCUUUGUGUCUGAGGAGCUGAACGACACGGAGAAGAGUAGCAUCAUGCAGAACAAGGUCAACAACAUGGCCGUGGUUUACGGCAAGGAGGCCAGCAUGUGGAAGCUCCAGCAGGGUAAGGAGGGUUUUCUCCAGAUCCUCCACAGGUACAUGGAGGUCCACGGGACGGUGUACUACGAGACCCAGCGCCCCCCCGAGGUGCCUGCCUACGUCAAAAACCACGGCCUGCUGCCCCAGCACGAGCUGCAGACGCUGCUCCGCAAGGCCAAGCUCUUCAUCGGGUUUGGUUUCCCCUACGAAGGGCCCGCCCCUCUGGAGGCCAUAGCCAAUGGGUGCAUCUACCUGCAGCCCAAGUUCCACCCACCCCACAGCUCGCUCAAUCACGAGUUCUUCAGAGGCAAGCCAACGUCUAGAGAGGUGUCGUCCCAGCACCCGUAUGCAGAGCAGUACAUCGGGCGGCCCCACGUCAUGACAGUAGACUACAACAACUCCCAGGAGUUUGACGCCGCCAUCAGAGAGAUCAUGAAUACCAAGGUCGAGCCAUACCUACCCUAUGAGUACACCUGCGAGGGAAUGCUGGAGAGGGUCCACGCCUACAUACAGCAUCAGGACUUCUGCGCCCCCGAGGCCCCCUUCCCUCCGGCCAACUCCUCCUCCUCCAAGCUGGGGCUUAGUAGUCCGGCUAGCCCUGGGCCUCAAUUUGUCCUGCUGCCCAACUCCAGUGCCCUAACCUGGGCCCCCAACGCCAACACCCCCCCUGCCUGGCCCCCCCUCAGCUCCCUGAGGCUGCUGGCGUCCCAGGAGGGCCAGUCGUGUGUGGAGGCGUGCCAGCGUGACAACCUGGUGUGUGAGCCCGCGUUGUUCCGCUUCGUCAAUAACAGGGAGGCCCUCCGCGGGUUAGAGGUGCAGUGUGAGGUGGUGGAGGCGGAGGUCAACCACGUGUUCCCGGCCUUCUCCGUCCUACGCCGGGAGUGCGGCCUCCAGAAGGACCCCCUCCUCUACAGCUGUGCCGGCCUCAGCCCCAAGUACCGCCGCCUCUGCCCCUGCCGGGACUACCGCCGCGGCCAGGUUGCCCUCUGCCGAGACUGCUUAUGAGGAGGGGCCAGGAGUUUUUCCAAUGAAUGCCUAACCCAGCUAAGUGGCUAGGAACAACUCCAGACGCUCUAGUUAUAGCCUAUGAAUUGUAGACUAUAAACUAUGGACUAUGAAAUGAACCGGCCCUGGUUAUGAUGCUAGGAGAGGGGGUGGCUAAAGCAGAAGGACCCCCCUACUGAAAGACUUGGUUUGAGCUAUCCUGUCCCAUAGUCAACCCCCCCCCCCCCCCCCCCCACCCCACCCAUCCUUCCUUGGUUUCUAAAUGGACAAAAAAAAAUCUGAUAUGAGCCUAUGGAUGGUUUGCCUCAAAGCUCCUCACUGGCCUAAGAGAGAUGUGCUGGACUAUAUUGCAACGAGUAUAACCGUUCACCAUGUGGCCACAGCAAUACACAGUAAUAGAGAAACGGCUAUAUUGCCAUCUAGCUAGCUACCUAACUAUUACCUAGAGGAGACCCACUGACCGGAAGAUCAUUGAUUUGCUGCUACAAUAUCAAUAAUUUGACUUUAACCCUCCAAGACCAGGGAGUUAAGAGAGUAAUUGACCCGGGGGAGAAAACGUGUCCUAGAAAACGGGACCUUUGAGUGGAACGCCAACUUCGGGUCAAUAACCAAUCUCCUCUCCCCUCCUCUCUUUGGCUCUGCGCUUUGACAAUGGAUGAUGGACACUCAGACUCUCUCCCUAGACUCUCUCCUCCUUUUAAAGAUGAAAUGUUUCUUUUGUGCGACUAAGAUAACCCUGACUGCCAACYGAGUCAAUGCAAUCAGCUCUGUUGCGCUAAAAUGGACUAAAACAGAUUAAAGCUUAUUUUUGAAUAAAGCAAACGUUUUGACCCCUGCUACUGCUAGAAAAGGGGAUUUUUGAGAACCUUUCGGCGGUUUUGUGACGGAAAUAAAAAAUAAAAACGGAAAGUUAAAACGAGA